AUGGAGAUUUCUAACUCUAUUUUAGGAAAGAGAUCAUAUCAAGAGACAACAUCAGUAGAGGAGGAAGACUUAGUGCAACAACCUAUCAAAGUAGAAGAUAUAGAUUUCAGUGAUCUCAAUUCAUUGAUUAACUUUAAUAGAAUCUAUAAUCUCUAUUAUCAAUGUUUGGAGAGUAGAAACGAUAGUUUAAGAUCGAAAUGUGUAAAGUUCUUUGUUGACUAUCAUGAAUAUAAAUUUAUACAUUAUUUCGAUGUUCAAGGUUAUAUCAAGUUCAUUGUCGAUGUCUUCUUUGAUCCUGAAUUCAAAGUAUUCAAAAACAUGUCAUCUUUUAAGUGUAGAGUUCAUAUACCAACGAUAGAACAUAUUUACAAUCGAAUAUUCAUUGAUAAAAGAGACUGUUACAACAAAUUAUUGGCAAAGAACAUUGAUAAUAAGAAUACAGUUAAACAUCAAAUCAAUCAAAAUGAUGAAAUACAAUUAGAGAAAAAGAAGAAAUCAAAUAACUAUGUCAAUCAGGAAUCUAAAUGUAUUCUUUCAGCUCAAUUACUGGAGAGAAUCAUCACAUUCUCAAUAAUAGAACUACCAACAUUCAAUAUUAAUCAAAAUGAUAUCGAGAUUGUAUUGAAUAUUGCAUUGGUUUCCAAACAGUUCUUUAAAAUGGUAUCAAAGUAUAAUCCAAAUGGUUAUUAUUUACGUGGUCCAAUCAAUCUCCAAAGUGAACAUUGCAUUGUCCAAUCACCACCAUUGGAAUUUGAUUAUGAAUCGAUCAAAUACAUCAAAUAUGGUGAGAGUACCGAUCGUAUCAAUCAAUUAUUCUCAAGUGUCGAAAAGUUUCAUAUCACUUCUGACGAAAAAGAAAGUAAUAUCAACGAUGGUAUUAAGAGGGAGUAUCUAGAUAAUCCAUUUACCAAAAGCAAAGAACACCAGUUUUAUCGUGAAGCUAUUGAAUCAGAUGGUUAUCUUCCACACCUUCCAGCAAUGCCGAAUCUAAAGAGUAUCACUCUCAGUGAAUACUACGGUUUUGGAUCGAACUACAAUUCAUUUCUAACAUCGAUAUUUACAAACACACCGAAUGGCGAUGGUCAUGGUAUCGAAAGAUUCAAAAUCGAUAUCAACAAGGAUUGGAAUUGUAAUCCAGACUAUGUCGACUUAGACUUCUUGGAAACAUUGCUACUAUUACAUUCCAACACAUUGAAAUCCAUCGAAAUUAAAUAUCUAUAUCGUUGUCAUGCUGAAGAUAUGAAGGAAUUGCUAAGAGCAUUGAAAGAUUUCAUUCCAACAUUGGAACGACAACAACAACAACAACAUAGUUUCCCAUUCAAAUUCAAAUUAUAUGCCAACUAUUCAUUGCUACAAGCAUUUUGUGAAGAUGAUCAAGAUCGAAAAGUAUAUCAAUAUUUACUCAAUCAAAAAGUCAAAAAUAAUAUACCUGACGAAGAUUAUGAUGAUAUAGAAGAAUAUUGUGAAGACAACGAUCAUAAUGUUGAUGAUGAUGAUGAUGAUGAUGACGACGAUUCAUCAGAUUAUUAA